UCCUAGAAUGAUGCAGCCUGGGAAACCUGGCUGUCGUAGAGGAGGCGUCAAGAUUCGACACAGGGACGAAGUGUCAUGAUUAAACGAAUUAUUUUGACUUAGAGAGCUCUAGGGUUUUAUUACAACUUUUAAGAAGAUCUAGCGACUCCUGUAGUAGCGAGCCAUGGACAUGUGGAUCGGGGAUGUUUGGGGGAUCACGCUGCUGUCCCUAGCGAUGUUAGUGGGUUGUUACGUGGCAGGCUCCAUACCACUUGCCAUAUCGUUGUCUGAGCAAAGACUAAAGCUUGUGACUGUGAUGGGAGCUGGGCUCCUGGUGGGUACUGCAUUAGCUGUCAUCAUUCCAGAGGGUGUCCAUUCACUCUACUCCGUCCAGACUGAGAAACACCAUGCUAGGAUGAUUGAAAGUGUUGGACCACGUGCUGUUAAAGUUGUUAACACAUCAAAGGACUUCCACUUCCACAUGCACGAGCACCAUGAUGAGCAUGAAGAGCUUCACCAGUACAUCGGUGUGUCCCUGGUGCUGGGCUUUGUCUUCAUGUUGCUAGUAGACCAGCUUGGAGGGGCACAUGGCCACUCCCAUACUACUGAUGUAGAGGGAAGCACACCCACAAAGCAGAAUAGGAACAAAAUAACAGCCACAUUAGGCCUUGUUGUCCAUGCUGCAGCUGAUGGUGUAGCUUUGGGAGCUGCAGCCUCUACAGCCAGGGCUGAUGUAGAGUUGAUAGUUUUUAUUGCAAUCAUGUUGCACAAGGCUCCUGCAGCAUUUGGCCUGGUGUCCUUCCUCAUGCAUGAGGGUUUUGACAGGAACAGAAUAAGAAAACACCUGUUAAUCUUCUCCUUAGCUGCUCCACUAUUGACUAUCAUCACAUACUUUGGACUUAGCCAGAGUGGCAAAGAGGCCCUGUCAUCAGUGAAUGCAACAGGAAUCACCAUGCUGUUUUCAGCUGGCACAUUUCUGUAUGUGGCCACAGUACACGUCUUGCCUGAGAUACAGAGCAUGGGAACACAGGGUGGUGGGGAGGUGGGUAGUGACGGAGGGCACCAUCAUGGCUUCAGUAAACUGGAACUUGUUGCAUUUGUUACAGGUGCUUUGUUCCCUCUUCUCCUCUCAAUUGGUCACAAGCACUAAUGAUACUUAACCUGGUGGGCUGCAACAUAAGAUUCCAGAUACUGUAUGUUUUGUUAAAACGAUUCCUUAUUAAAGUAACAUAUUUCCAGUUAACUGUAUUCCAAAUGCUGCAUGAAUUUUGGGUAACCUCUCAAUCAAUGUUCUGCUGGUCACUGAUGAUGUUUUGCUACAUUUUACACACAAUGGGUUUUAUUGGUCCUUUUCAAUUCAGUAGUCAGUCAUUGAUUUUUCAUUCUGGUUUGUUUUACAUCAAUUUCAUAUAGGACAUUUAACUUAAUCUAAUCACAUGUAGCUAACAAAUCUAAAAUAUUCAGAAUUUUUCACAUUGAUUGCUUUGUAGAUGCUUCCUGCUUAAGAAAAUUUGUUACAAUACUUUUCUAACUUGAGAGAAGGGCUGUGCAUUACUCUGCCAAGUUAGAAACUUUUUGCUGUGGUCACUUGAGUCAAGGCGGUUUUGCGAGAAUGCUUCAGGCUGUUUUUUUCUAAUCCAGUGCAGAUUUGUGGAGGCCUUGUACAUUUGUAGGAUGUUCCACUGGUGCUGCUAGGUAAAGUAAAAAUGAUGAAUAGAAAAAUAUUAAAAAAUUUUAUUCCUGUUGCAUAGAUCUGUACAUUUUCCACUGAAAUGACCAAAGUCAGUUUUCUGCAAUGUAUAAACUGUAUUUACCCAGUAGUGUAAAGAGUUGUAGCAUUUUGUACAAGCAGUUCCAUCAUGACUUCCAUCCAUACAUGACUGUAUCACUAUGUUGUUAAAGAUAUUAAUGGAGCUUUUCUGGAUUGAGAAACUUCACAAUAAAUUGCCUUAAUCACACAACCUGUUAUUUAUAAAUCAUAUUGUACACUACAUGUAAUUACACUUGGCCAACAGAACCAGAUAGUCAAGCCAGCUCCUCUUGUAGAACCUACUUAAGCUAAGCCCAUGAGGGGCCAUUAAGUAGAUUUGAGUACAGGGCAGACACAAAAUCUAUUGUCAAUUACUACUGUAGGUCUCAGCUUUUGCAGCUUUUGCAUCUUGGACAUGAGUGGGUCAAAUCCAUGAUUAGUAGAUUUGCACUGGUUCAAUGGUGCAUAUGAUGUAAGACAUGUGCAUGCUUGACUUGACUAGACAUAUCACUUAAUAUACUACAUGCACCAUAGAUAAAAGCAAGGACAUUCCUUGAUGAAAGUAAUUUAUAUUGAGGCAGAGAUUAUGUUGAUACAUCAUUUUUUCUCAAAUGAAUCUGUCUUUGGGAACCUUAUCUGCUUUAAGGACUAACACAAAUCAAACCAUUCAUUUGCAUUUGUAAUAUAUAUUUAUAUUUUACUUUAGUCCUGUCAAGGUGUCCAACUGUUCCUUGAAAACUGUCCAACUAUGAGUUAAGUGAACUGAAAAUGGAUUAAUUUCAGAGAAGCAGAGAUUUUUGAUUGAUAACAUUCAUGGAAUUUGAUGGGAAAAGUGACUUGUCGAGGCAAGGUUACAAAGUGAUGCAUCCAUAUAUGUUCUCACACUUGCAACAAUGUGAAGGUGUCCUACCACACUUGAAAAGAAUAUAUGUAUAUAUGGUAAAUAUGUACAUGUAAUUACUAUAUGAUAAUCUUGAAUGAGUUGUGUCAUACUUUUUAAAGUUGGUGAAAUGUUAAGGUGUUCGUGCUUUGUUCUCUACCAAGUCAAAUGGACUGAUUUCUUGUGGAAAAGACUUGGAAGAAAAGAACAGGCAGUGUAAAGUUGGAACACCUUAAGAUAGCAAUAUUCUAUGGUGAUUUCAUCAUUAAACCUGUGGAGACAAUAAAA